UUCUGCUCAAGGAUACGCGAGCCAUCCGCUUCAGGAGCAAACGCGGCGCGUGGAACCCAACGGAAAAUAAGAAAAACACAGCUGAAGGCUCGAGAGUUUUCCUGUGUGUGCGAGUGUGUGAGUGCCGCAGUCUCUGUGCGAGUAGAUCCUGGCCGGGGGUCCUGUGCCGUUUUUUUGGCCGUUUAAUUUUAUUAGCGGCCGCGCACAGAAAUACAAUAAAUGAAAAAUUAAAUAUUAAUUUAAUUUUGCAUACGAAUCGGGCGGCAAACGCGGCCAUUUCGCUGAUUGAAAUGUUAAAUAGAUAUUAAAAAUUAAUGGUUAUAUUUCGGCAACAUACAAUCCCGACUGAAUCGCCGUAUAACACAUUGGCAUCUUGGCCAACUCCACCACCGACGACGACGACGACGACGGCCGGGUGUGCGUGUAUAUGACUUUAUUAAAAAUUGUAAAUCCCCCCUUGCGCGUCGUGUUCCUGCCCAUUGUUUGUGGACCCACGUAAAGACAUUUCGCAGACCGCUUCAGAUUUCCCACUCGUUUGUUGUUGCACUUAUCGCGAUUACGGAGCACGGAAAGCCAGCUACUUGAACUGCAGCUGCAUCUAUAGCUACAACCACAACAGUCCUCGAGAAAAAUUUGAAAUCGAAAAAACAAUGCUACAAUUGGAUAACUUUGCACACCUCAAUGGCAGGCAACGGCAGCAACACCAACAGCAGCAGCAACAUCAACAGAAGCAGCAGCAGCAGCGUAAAAGUUAUGCCCCAGGCAGAAACUGAAAAUGAAACAACUUAAUUAGUAGAUGUAGGAGUCGAGAGCAAAAAGCUGCGCACUCCCUGAAUUCCGAAUCAGACUAGUCCAGUUCAGUUCAGUUCAGCUCAGCUCGGGGAAGUGGAAGUAAGCAUUACUGCGAAAUUUAAGGAAGAAUUGCGCCGAAGGUAAACGUGUUCGCGUGUGAGUGAGAGUGGCCGCAUUUUGUUCGAGAAAAUUAAAUUGAAAACAGCGCCAGAAGAGAGGCGAGUGUAAACACUCAAGUAUACGAGCCGAGCCUGCAUAUAAAUUGUUACAAUUUACACAAUGGAUUUGGCAGCGCCGAGGACUUCCACGAUGCACGUAACCACUUCCUACUACGCCAGCAUCCGACGGUGCUCUCUGGCUUUAUUCGCGCUCUUCCUGUUCGCGGCACACAUCAGCAUUACUUCCGGUCAAAUCGAUUGGGACGAUGACGAUGAUCCAGUUUCCACAGUGGCCGUGGAGGCCGUUCUGGGACGCACCGCAUCCUUGCCCUGCGACAUCGAGCCGGAGGCAAAGGACGACCGGGUGUAUAUGGUGCUCUGGUUCCGUGAGAGCGCCGGCAAGCCGCUUUACAGUUUCGAUGUGAGAGGACGACCCUUCGAGAAGGCCCUGUACUGGUCGGACACCAACUCGUUUGGGCCACGUGCGUAUUUUGUUACCGGACAGCAGCCGGCCAAGUUAUCGGUGGACAACAUUCAGCUGGAUGACGAGGGCGUCUAUCGCUGCCGCGUCGACUUCCAGAACUCGCCCACGCGUAAUCAUAGAAUUAAUUUAACGGUCAUUGUUCCUCCGCACCAAAUACUCGUGUACGAUGCCUCCGGUCGCGAUGUUGCCGGCGCUGUGGGUCCAUUGCUCGAGGGCGAUAAUAUUGUGUUGACAUGUGAAGUGCGUGGCGGCCGCCCGGAGCCAACGGUGACCUGGCUAAACGGUACUCGAACCUUGGAGGCGGGCAGCGGGGUCUCUAUGGGCCGUCAUGUGACCGUCAACCGCCUGGAGGUGGCCCAAAUCUCGCGCUCCGCCCUGAACAACACGUACCGCUGUCAGGCGUCCAACACGAAGCUGGUGGCGCCCGUGGAGCGCAGCAUCCGCAUCGAAAUGCUACUCAAACCCACAUCAGUCAAUUUAACCAAUAAGUUGAAGGUCUUCGCCUCGAACACGCAGUACAAUCUCACCUGCAUUGUGGCCGGAUCGGUGCCGGACACGGAAAUCAAAUGGACGCAGAAUAAUCGGCCCUUCAAACGUGGCACGCUGUCGACGAGCCAGGGCAAUGGCAGAGUCAUAUCCACGUUGACGUUUUAUCCACAACCCGAGGACGACGGCACGAUGCUCAAGUGCGAGGGCUCCAAUCCCAGGCUACAGAACUCGGCCAUCGAGGACUCGCUCAUGAUGAAUGUCAUCUAUCCGCCGCAGGUCACCUUGUCGCUGGGCUCCACGCUGCGUCCGGACGACAUUAAAGAGGGCGACGAUGUGUACUUUGAGUGCCACAUCAAGUCCAAUCCCAAGGAGCAUCGCAUCAUGUGGUCGCAUGACGGUCAACCCGUCACCCAGAAUGUGUCCUGGGGCAUCAUCAUCUCCACGCGCUCCCUGGUCCUGCAGCGCGUGGGUCGCGUUCACUCGGGAUACUAUGCCUGUUCGGCGGCCAAUGAUCGCGGGGAAACGCAGUCAGCUCCGGUCAACUUGAGAAUAAGAUAUGCGCCCGUCUGCAGCAGCAGCACCAUCACCGUGAUUGGCGCCUCCUUGGAGGAGGCUGUGCCCAUACCCUGUCGCGUUAACUCGGAUCCGCCUGAAAUCGAUUUCGAAUGGACCUUCUCCACCAGCGGCGAGCACUUCGAGGUGCCCUCGGGUCACUAUGCCACCAUCCAGGACCCCACCAUGACCACCACCAGCGAUGUGAGGCGCACCGUUGUCGAGUCCAAUGAAACACAUUUCGAGAGCUAUGUGGAAACCGUCAGCGAGCUGAUCUACACGCCCAAAGGAGAGCGCGACUAUGGAACACUGGCUUGUUAUGGCCGGAAUGCGAUUGGCAAGCAGUCGGAGCCGUGUGUGUUCCAGGUGGUGCCAGCAGCCAAGCCCGGGGCCCUGCGAAACUGUACUCUCCGGCCGUAUGUGGUGACCUCUGCCUCGCUGAACUCGUCGAACCAGACGACAAUGCACGCCAAUCAAAUGCUGCCCACACAAUACGGCAGACACGAGUCGAAUUACCCGCACAUGGAGUACGUACGUGAGCGCAAUAACAGCAGCGGCAGCAGUAGGAGUAACAAUGCCACGGCCCGGAACAAUGCGUCCAAUAAAAAUAUGAGGGGGAAGACAGGCGCUGGCCAGGCCAAAUCUAAUAACUGGCAGCUCAGCCAGCAGCAAUUGCAGCGCCUCAAGAAGCGGACCUCGUUUACGCCGUCGCAGACAUUGGCGGCCAUCGAGAGGCAACGCCAGAGGAAGCAACAACAGCAGCAGCAGCAAGCCACUGCUGGCAAGUCCACUGAUGGAAAACCUGAUGGAUCGAAAAAGCAGCGGAUGCGGCGAGCCAGCCAAAUCCCACAGAGACUCCCAGGACAGCAGGAGCAGUAUCAGCAUCAGCAGCAGCAGCAGCAGCAUCAGCUGGAUGCAGGCAACAAGCUCCGACUGAGAGCAUCAAUAACAAGCCAGCGGAAGCCAGCAGAAUCAAAUUUAUCAAUGUCACAUGUAGGCAACGGCAACAGCAAGAGCCAGAGCAACGACAACAGCAAAAGUAACAACCCGAGCAGCAACAAUGGCAAACUGCCAGCAAAGUAUUUUAAUAAGCGACAGAAAAACAUGCACAAACAGAAGCACAAACUGAAGCUGAAGGAGGAGCGGGAGCAGAAGCAGGAGCCAGCAAACGAGCACAACGCCAAUACAAUCCAUCAUUAUGCAACUUCGAGGCGAAGAAAGCGGCUGGCGCCAGGCGACAUCUUAGCGACUGUGGCAGCAGCAGCGACAUCGGCGUCAUUAUCCUCCGAUCCUGCGGCCACCUCAUUGGCGGCCACAUCCACGGCAUCGCUGCAAAUCGAAAAGGAUGUGGCUCUCAGCAGCAGCAACAAUAAGCGAGCUCGCAAGUCCUUAACAAUCGCUGACAAACAGACGAAGCAGCAGCAGCAACAGUUGAUGCCGCCGAAUGCCCCGCAAAUAAGCAACCAGCCAGCAACAUCAAUUAGCUGCAAUGAUGUUAAGGAAACAGCGGCAGCAGGAGCUGCAGCAUCAUCAGCAACAUCGUCGCAAGUUGCAGUUGCAGCAGCAACUGGGGUCCAGGGCAAGGCGACGACUAAGCGGCAGGAGGACUCUAAGGAUGCUGACCAGGACAAUGACGAUGGCGCUGGUGACGACGAUAAUGAUGACGAUGAUGAUGAUGAUGAUGAUGAUGAUGAUGGUGAUGGGGCAGAGAUGGAUGCUGACACAGAAGCCGAUGAUGGUGAGCAGCAGGAUGAGGAGACUGCUGGCGAUGACUCUGCAGACCUAGAUGAAGACGUUGCCCAGCUGGCCACCGAUGGCGAUUACUUGGCCGACGGUCCAGGCGAUUUGGAUGAUUACGAGACGCUCGAGGUGGCGGAUGGCGGCAAGCCGCAGCAACACGAGGACAUGUUGUCGCUGGAACAGCAACUGGACCUCGAGUCGCUAGAGGACAAAGUCGAUGCGGUAGAGGAGGCGGGCGAUGACGAUGAUAUGUACAAUGUCAGCGAUGAUGACUUUGUGGCCAGCGUGGCCCUCUCCACUUCCGACACAACGACAACGGCAACAGCCACAUCCAGGCCAAAGGCAACGGAACCACCUCACAAAACCAAAACCAAAAGCCCAGCCAAAACCAAAACCAGAACUGAAUGGCAGCAGCCGCACUUUGACUACUCACGCAUGGAGUAUAGCUUCAGCAACGGAGUCGUUACCCAGAGCUUGCUCGGUGGUUCCGGAACAGCAGCUGGAGCGGGGGCCGGACACGACGCGUACGGACCGAGCGGCGGAACCAUCAAUUUCGACAACUAUGACAACAUCAUCUACUCCACCAUGGAACUGGAAUGCAUGCCCGGCUACGAUGGCGGACUGCAACAGCAGUUCUUCCUGGAGGCCUACGAUUCCAAGACCAAAAAGCUCAGGCUAAAUAUGAGCAGCACGUAUGUGGAUGUGCCAGUAUUUAGGAUCGAUCUGUCAGAUCUAAUCCCCAUGGACUAUUAUCCGGAUGCCCAUCCGGCCCUGCAUCUGGUCGUCUACAGCGUCAAUCAGAAGGGCCGCUCCGAGCCGAUUGUCCUUGAGAAUGUGCCUAUCAAUGAGGCGGACAAACGUUCAGAUGGUCGCAUAGGUCUAUCCAUUUUACCACUGGCUGCUCUGCUAGCCGGCACCUUAUUCACCGUGGGCAUCGCCGUCCUGUCCGUAGUGGUGAUUGCAGUACGUAGACGCCGUGGCCAAGGAGCUCGAAACAUGUGCGAUGACAAGGACAAACACCUGGGCAUGGAUGUGACAGUGACGGCGCCCCUGGAAACGGGAGCUGGCCAUCAGCGCCUGGUGGUGGCCUACACCCUGAAGCAGGGCAUCGAGAAGCAGCCGGACAUAUUGAGCGCCCAGAAGAGUGCCCCAACUGGCGGUGACGCGGCGUCGCCGCUGGGAAAUCGGCCGAGUGGUUUAUUCGCCGGAGGAGGUGGCGCUGGCAGUGCAUCUGCCGCUCCCAUGGCCGGCAGUGCAGUGAGCCACAAAACCACGGAUUAUGAUACGAAUGCCCCGCACCUGAACAGCCCGCCCUCGCAGUCCAGCACCUUGAAGCUGGAGAGUGACCCAGCGGCGGCUGCAGCCGGAGCCAGGAGCAACAAUGCGCCCCCACUCCUCUACGACGCCAUGCCCUCGCUUAGCCGCUACGAGCAGCUAGGUCUGAGCAUGGCCAACUACGCUGCCGGAGGUGCGGGCACCGGCGGCAGCAGCAGCACGCUCAGCUCCGCGGGCAGCACUGUCAGCAAUGCCCUGGCCGCCAACGGAGUGGCAGGUGGAGGUGGAGGCGGAGCAGGAGGCUACGCUUCGCACUUGCACCACACGCUGCCUCACAAUAUGUCCCAGCAGCAGCAUCAGCCGGGAGGAAGCCUACAGCAUCGCGGUCACGAUCCGCUGAACAUGGGCGACUACCUGGCCACCAGCAGCCUGAUAGACUACGGCCUGAACAAGCCACCGCCCGCCGCGCACAUGACCCUGCCCAAAGGCCUGGGUCUGGGCCUGGGGAUGGGCCUAGGCAUGGGCAUGGGCACGGGCAUGGGAAUGGGUUCCGUGAUGGCCGCUGGCACAAGCCUGUCGCCGUCGCAGCUAAACACCAUCACGCACAAGUCGGCGGCCGGGCGCAACCACAUCAUCACCGAUACUCUGCCCGGGCCAGAGAGCUGCGUCUAAGCAUCAUCCUGUCACUACCCUGGCAUCCAAACCAAAAGACUGGCGCACAGCAGCAGCCCAAAGCCCGAAGCCGAAUCGAAGUGGCAGAUAAAUACUAACUAACCAUGUGGAGCUGCGGUCAUAGGAGUAUUAUUUACAAACAUACUUGAGUAAUUAUUAUUUUGUUGUUUAACUCUAAAUGGUGUUCCUGUGACCGCAACUACAUAUGAAUAUCCUGUUCGGCGGCAUCGCUUAGAAGUAACUCUUAGACCUAGAAGUGUAGCUUCAAUACGAUUAUUUAAAUGUAACGCGUGUGUCUGUGUCUCUGUUCGUUUGUAAAUGUUUAAGCUAAGUGUAGACCUACUUGUAUACUAUAUACGUUGACUGGUGAAUAUCGGAGCGCCUCCGAUCGGGUUCAGUUUUAAAUUUGAAGGGGGUCGCCCCCAAAAAGGUGAAACUUAUCUUCCAGGCCCUGGACUCCACGCCACGAAACGGAGCUCGUUGUUAAAUCUUUUUAUCCCGCAAACAUAUCCCUUCCUGCCUAAGCCGAAAAAAGCAAAUCCACAACUAUUUGAACUGCCCAAGAUCAAAGUCGGAGCAGACCCAAAAAAUACAACAAAAACCCAGAAAAAAGGAAAAGUUAUAUUGGACACGUCUUGCGCCAUUGCGUGCCCGGUGCUGGUCAUUAUUUAACUUUUAAACACGCGCCAAAAACAGCAGCAGAUUUGAAUUUAAUGGUCACUCCAGCAGCCGCUCCCCGCAUCACCAUUUUCCCUCUCCACUCUCUCCAUUCUCCACUCUCCGUUCGCCACUGCUAAUAGCGACAGCCAACAAGUGAGCAAUAAAGAAAAGUUUAGAAAAAUAUGCGAUGGCCACCCCAGGCCACCAUGGCCACAAUCCCGAACCCCAAGUAAAAAUGGCAUUCCCCCCUCAGCCCCGAUAAUAAGCUCACGAGCGAUUGAAUGGGUAUAGAGCACAAUAAAAGCGGCGGAGCACAAGAACAGGGCACGGAUUUGUGCGCACGAUAGCGCAAAACGAUGACAAUAAAUGGAAAAGUUUUUAAUAAGCUAAUAAAAUGAUUUAUGCGGGUCGAGUCCGGGAUAAAAAGCGCCGAGCCACACACAGUCGAUUCUACUUCAAAAUGGCGAUUUGAUGAGCUCGAUUUUGGCCACUUCCGGCACCUCAUUGACGGACACACCACCACACACACCACAACGAAAGUAUUUGUAAAUAUUAUUUAUGGGCCAUAAAAUGGGUCGAUGACCGCAGUUUCGGCAGUUCAAAUAGUUGGAAAACUCUCUCGAUUAACGUACUGUUCAUUGGAAAUUGUUAUCAAGGCAUAAGCAUAUCAGAAAUUCGUAUUAAAAGCAAGCAGAAAGUAUUGCAAAGGAACUAUAUCAUAGACAAGGGCUAAACGACUAUAAGUGUUCAACAUUUUGCCAUAUCAUUUGUGCGAUUUCUUUCGAUAUACAUACGUACGUCUUGACUUUUCAACCAGAAACGGAAAUAUAUAGGAAAACCAACAGUAAUUAAGCGAAAAUCAUCAAUAGAGUUUAGUGAAAUCAAUGUAAUGUCAUAAUGUUUAAAGGUUAAAGUUAUAGAGCAUUCCAUGGCAAACUAAUAGAGCAAAUCGUAAACUUCCUCCAAGUUUAUAUAUAUGUUAAAUAUAUAUAGGCAAAAGUCCCCCUGCUGUAGAUAUCCAAAAAUGAGUGCGAGUAGUGAAAAAUUUGUAAGCGAAACCGAAACCUGUAGUAUCAUGCUCUUAACUUGAGAAACCAUAUUAAAUGGAUCGUAACAGAGCAGACCUUGUACAUACAUAUGCAUAUAGCAAAUCCCUAAGAAAAACAUAUACACAUCAUUGUA